GAUGUAGAACUUCAGAGCCGUUUCAUUAGCUUUAGUGUCCUGUGAUAGUUAAAGUCCUGAAGUUUCAGAGGCUUCUCCUCCAGGGAAGUGGGGAUCAUUUUCAGCUACUUGAAUCAAAGAAGGACAGCACUGGGAGGUCUUUUGAGAGAACAUUGGUCGAGUCAGCAUGGAGCUGUCGCCCCCUCCCUCAGGUCUACAAGCAGAGUGUGAGACACUUUUCUCCAAGGACUCCCUUCUCUUCCUUCAUGAGCUGAUCUCCACAUUUGAUGAGAUGGUGGACCAGGUCCUGCGGUUGCGAGUGUCCAGAAAGGCCCACUUGGACCUUUCAGGUGACUUGCCAAGCUUUCUGCAAAGUACCACACAUAUCAGGACAGACCCAGCCUGGAGGGUGCUCCCUGUCCCCCCGAGGCUCCAGAGAAGACAUGUGGAUAUUGGGGAUCUUGCUCCCUGCGAUACACAGCGCUUCAUUAAAGCUCUCCAGUCACCAGCACAAGGCAUACAGGUCGACUUUGAUGAUGGGAACUGCCCUACAUAUCGCAACCAGAUCAAAGGCAUUCAUAAUGUUUUUAAGGCGGUUCACAACCAGUUCCCCAAUGUUCCACACAUAUCUCAGGCUCCAGUGCUGAUGCUUCGUCCUCGCGCCUGGAACAUGGUGGAGCACAACAUGAUGGUGGAGGGGAAGGAGGCUCCGGGUCCUCUGUUUGACUUUGGACUCCUCAUGUUUCACUGUGGAAAGACACUGUUUGAAAACAAGAGUGGGCCCUUUUUCUACCUCUCAAAGGUAGAGAGCUUCAUGGAGGCCAGGCUGUGGAACAACAUAUUUGUCUGGACACAACAGAAGCUGGGCCUACCACAGAGCAGCAUCAAGGCGACGGUGCUCAUUGAAAAUGUAUUAGCAGCAUUUGAGAUGGAGGAGAUCCUCUACGAGCUGCGGGACCAUUCAGCUGGACUCAACUGCGGCAUCUGGGACUAUUCAGCCUCCUUCGUCAAUAAGUUUGGUCACCGAAGGGCCUUCCUGCUGCCCGACCGCAGUAAAUAUGUCAACAUGGAGAAGCGUUUUCUGCGCAGCUACAUGGACCUGUUGGUUCAGACAUGUCAUCGGAGGGGAGCGCUGGCCACAGGAGGCAUGGCUGCCCUGCUGCUGCCUCAGGACCCGCUCAGUGACUCCCACAGCAGAGUGCUGGCUACUGUCACCAGACUGAAGUUGCUGGAGAUCCAGGCAGGUGUGGACGGUUUCAUGGUGUAUGAUCUGAGCUUGAUUGAGCCCAUGCAGAAACUCUUCAGGCUCCACGCUGAAGGAGAUAACCAGCUUCACCGGCUUCGAAAUGAUGUUACUGUGACUCCUGAUGACCUACUGUCUAUGCCUUUGGGAGGAGUCACCCUUUAUGGUUUGAAGUAUAACAUUGCAGUUGGUGUCCUCUUUAUUAAUGCUUGGCUAUCAGGUAACGGCCACUUUUUCUACAGAGGCCAGGUGGAAGAUUCAGCCACAGCAGAGAUUUCCAGAUCACAGGUAUGGCAGUGGAUCCGUCAUCAGACCCAGCUGGAGGACGAUGGCAGGGUGGUGAGCAGGCGGCUGGUGACUGACCUCACCAACGAGGUUAUGAUGGAGCUCAGCUCUCUCUGUCACUCUGUUAGGGAUAAACAGAUGUUGCACACAGCAGCAGCCAUGUUCCUGGAGGUGGUCCUAAAGAGAGAUUUCCCAGAGUUCAUCACCACCUACUUGAAUCAGGACCACACAUUUCUCAGCUCCCAGACCUCUGGACUGGAGGCCCUUGAGGUUCUGGACACACACAUGCCCCAAUCCAAACUGUAAAGGUCUGAUGUGGGAGAUUGCUUCCUGUUCUCUGCUCACCACAGGUUGGCCUUUUAGAAAUUGCAAUAAACAUUUUUCAUUCUUUUUUUUAUAGAGAUUUAAUCAGUUAGUUAAAGAAAAUACGAUUAAUCGCUAAUGAAAAUAGUUAGCAUCAGUAAAUAAUGUUACUGUAGGUCACAACCAGUUUAAAAUAAAUUGCAGAUAUUUUCUACCUCCACUUUCCGUUAAAUGUAUUCAUCCAUUUUAAUAAAUCAGCUUGCCUUGCUUUAUGUUUAGAAUGAAACGCAUGCCAUCCUGCUGUUUGGGCUGUGAAUUGUAACAACAUCUGUUGAUUUGCUGGCAAACUGACUGAAAUGAUUGUAGACACGCUGUGCCAGAGGUUAUCAUGUUUAGAGUGAAAAUACAUGAUCAAUCAGUCAUUGGAUAAAAACCCAAACGAGUGUAGAAAGGCGACCAAUGAUAAACCAACCAUUAGUAAAUGCACUGAAUCUAUCUGAACUGACGAAGCCGUGAUUAUAGCGUCAGACAAAAUGUAUGAACAUUUGAAAAUCUUGGCCAAAUACAUUAGAAAUGCAUUAAUAGUGAAACCAGGGGACAUGUAGAAGGGACCUUAAAGUUAGCUUAAAGAGGGAAAUUCAAGUACCAGUCAGCAGCUGAGAGGCUUUCAGGAAUCAGGAGUGAAAGAUUUUACGACUCCUUAGAACGAUUAGACCUAUACAGAAGAGAGAUCCUCAUUCUGACCGAACGCUAACUUACUUUACUACUUACUUUACUCUGAGGCACGGCUCGGACGCAUUUGGUCCCACGGAGAAUGUAGGUUAUCUGAUGUGUUUGUGGAGCAGUGCCGUUUUCAGGCGUCACUUGUCCCACGUGGUGGACUUCAGCUCCAAUCUGCUGUCUCGGCUCCUGUCGCUCUCAGCGGGCCCCGUGGUGCUGAGGUUGGUGGAAUUCUAUUUGCAGAGUUGUGAAAUUUUUGUCAGAGUAUUUCAAACUGCUGUGCAGUGUUUUGGCAUGAUACGCCGCCUUCAAACCCGUGGAUCUAUUACUCAAACUGGACUUCAUGUCUCACUGGUACCUGGAGGUUUUGUAUUUAAAAACUUUUCCAGUGUUGCCUAGACAUGUGAACGACAUCAUCUCAGUGUGAAGGGGCCAGUGGGAGAAGCUCUAACACACAUGUGCAGUGGGCCUCACAAGGUGAAAACAAACAAGGACGCAGUAAAACCUUUUUGGCUUAUAUGCCUUGCAAGUAGUUAACUGUGGUAACUGUGAAGGAAUUAAAGGGUAAUAAAGUAAGCCAAAGGUGACUCUCUAAAACAGUCGGUCAGGCUCUGUCUGUCUGCCUGUCUGUCUGUCUGUUUGGUUGGCUGACGGACACAGCUGCCUUGAUAAGGCUGAACUCUAUCUGGUCUAUCCCCAGGUCAAGAUUGUCUUUAUUUUGUUUCAUUACAGACUGACGAACUGGCUCUCUGUAGAAAGCGUUGCGCGACUUAUGUUAACAUAAGUAAGCACAGUGUCUUGGUUUGAACCAAUGUCCAAUAGGAGGCGGGGAUAAUACUGUGUUCUCACUUUGUUACCAUUCUUCCCGGCCGGGCUUCAAUAAACAAUGCUGUGUGAGACAUCCUGGGAUUCCUAAAACCUUUUUUAAUAGGAGUUGACUAGCUCCCAACAAGUUCCAUCACAGUCACCAUCCAUCCAUCGUCAACCGCUUAUCCUGCGUACAGGGACGCGGGGUACAGGGUGCUGUGAGGCACACAGCGCUAUCCACUGCACCACCGCGCCUCCCUCACAGUAACCAGUUCCUGAAAUCCAUCCAUGAUGUGAACAGUUCAGCGAGGUCCUCAGUGAUGUGCACACAAGGGACCUUAAAACCGCUGACCCUUUUCAGCCUUAGUUCAGUAGAUGCGUAUAGAAUUAUGGCCGCUCUCCUGUAAGCAAUUGCAUACUUUAUAUACACUCACCAGCCACUUUAUUAGGUACUCCUUGCUAGUAUGAGGUUGGACCCCCUUUUGCCUUCAGAACUUCCUACAUUUUGGUGGCAUACAUUCAACAAGGUGUUGGAAACAUUCUGCAGAGAGCAUCACACAGUUUGUGAGGGGCUCUGUUGGACUGAGAUCUGGCAACUGUGGAGGCCAUUGCAGUGAAGAAGAAACCAGUUUCCAGCAUUAUCCUGCUGGAAGUUGCCAUCAGAAGAUGGUACACUGUGGUCAUACUGGGAUGGACAUGGUCAGCAACAAGACUCAGGUAGGCUGUUCAAAUGGUAUUAAGGGCCCCAAUGUGUGCCAAGAACCACUACAUUUGCAUUUAUUCAUAUAGCUGACGCUUUUAUCCAAAGCGACUUACAAUUGCUAUACAUGUCAGAGGUCACACGCAACGAGGGGUUAAGUGUCUUGCUCAGGGACACAUUGGUGCAUGGGUUGAACCUGGGGAGUUGAACCCGGGUCUCUCACACCACCGACAGGCAUCUUAUCCAUCACCACCCCACUACCAGCCUGAACCGUUGAUGGUGAAUAAAGGCUUAAGCGUGUAACACUAGAAGGCAGGGCAGGGCUCCUGCCUGGAUCCCACUGCUCUGAUCUCUCAUGUGUUUUUGCCAUUUAUUUGUUAUCUUGACUGAUGUGCAGAAAUGAACUCAUGGCACCAAUAAAAAAAACAAAGGCUUGGGAGAGAAGACAAAUCCUGCCUACUUCCAAACCUGGCACACCUCGCCAACCACUGCUUGAAGUAGGCGUGCUUACCGAUUGUCAGAUUGAUUUUAAAGUUAGGGGGAGCUCAAGAAGCUUCACCAGUUUCUAGAAGAGAAACAGGAAGCCAGGAUGGCUGCACUGUGGAAGAGGAUCAGAAGAGUCAGAUGAUGGAGGCUCUGAGCAGAGACAUAGCAGGAGGAGCCGAAAGCUGAGGACAGGGUUCCUUCACAGUUUCCAUUUUAAAAUUCCACUCCAGACUCAAAUUUCCAGACAUCUCGGUAGAUUAUUCAGACCAUAGCAGACAUCUGACUAUAAUUAGCUAGAUGUUUAUGUAAAUAAAUGAUUUUUAAUUCCAACUGUUAACAUUGAUGUUACAUUCUCACUAUAGAUGCUAUUAUGCUGCCAAAAUGCUAGAAUUUUGUAACUAUGUAAUAUAACUCGUACAAAUCAAUUCAGUGGCCGCUCAGCCCACACUCCUCCACAAAGAUGGACACCAUCAAACAUCUCUGCCCAAACAGGAAGUAAACUGGUGCUACCUGUACUCCUAUUUUCCCUUAAUAUAUUGAGUAAAUAAUAUGACAGUAUAGUGUUUUAUUUUUCCCCAAAUGUUUGUCUUUUUUAUAAAUAAGUAAAAAAAAUAAAGUUAACUAUUUUCACGG